UCAAUGUGGAUCCACAACACUGGCUGUGUCAAUCCACCUUAUUCAGAUUCAUCAUUAUUGACUUUAAAAAGAGAAUUGUAGUAGAUCUAAUUUCAUUGUAUAACUGAAAAAACAAUCUUCUUGUUGUUUUUUUAAAUCAGGAUUUACAAUCAGGUGCAAACUGGAUUGAAAUUUAGGUUUGGUUUCCUGUAUUAGCGUUUUUCAGGAACGGUUGCCAGGUUACGGGCUUGAGUUUAAACUGUUAUGAAUGAUUAGAGUGGGAAGUUGAAACGACGUCUCUGAUUGGAUGUGAGCGCGGGGGAAAUGGGCGGGGCGUUCCCGACAUGUGGGUGUUACGCAAACGCUUGUUAGAAGCGAUAGGAAGGCUGCUAUUGGGCGGUGGGCGGAGUUUAGGAGACUGUGAUAAGAACAAAUCGAGCUCGCCACGCGCGUGCGAGCUCGAGACGGAGAGGACGAGCGCAUUUAAUCAUUCGGUGUGUUUGUUUUGUCGCUCGUGCUAGUGCAGGUUAAAACAGGAUUCUUCUGGCAUUAUUUUAACUAUUGUGUAUUUUUGUAUUUUGUGAAACACAAUCAUAUUUACAUAAGAUUUUGGGUAUAUUUUAACAGUUACGACGUUACCGUAGAAGUAAAAUAUUUACUAAAAUCUCGUCGUCCGGAUAGUACGGGUCUCGAAGUUUUUUUUUUUUUUACAAAAUAAAAGGAAAGAAAGAAAAAGGGAAUAUUCACGCAACCAGACCAGACGCAAAUUGUUGUGGGUUUUUUUCUUCAAAUCUUCGCACGGGCUCGAAUGGAGCAGCACGCAGAAGCGCGAGGCUGCACCGGUGCUCACGGAUCUCGCGCCCGGUGUCCCGAGCUCUUGCACGAGCACUGCAUUAAUUUAUCCAUCCAGUCGACGACGGGCACGCGCUUCGAGCUGUCUCUCCCCGCAGACGAAUCGGUCGAGGGUCUGAAGAGGAGGCUUUCACAAAAGCUCCGGGUGUCCAAAGACAGGCUCGCGCUUCUGCACAAAGACACGAGGUUAAGCUCAGGGCGGCUCCAGGAUUUCGGGGUUACAGACGGGAGCAAGUUGACCCUCGUGCCCUCCGUGGAGGCAGGAUUAAUGUCUCAGGUCUCCAAACCCGAGCAGUCCAUCAUGCAAGCGCUGGAGAGUUUGACAGAAACUCAGGUUGGUGACUUCCUAUCGGGUCGCUCUCCGCUGACACUCGCCCUCCGUGUCGGGGAUCACAUGAUGUUCGUGCAGCUGCAGCUGGCCGCGCAAAACUCGUCAGGCGUCCAGCAGUGCACCACCAGGCCGCCUUCGAGCACACCCAGGCCCCCAGUAGUGCCCUGUGUGGGCAGCAGUGAGCGCCCCCAUGCUCCAACACCUCCCCAGAACAACCAGAGGGCAUCAUCUGGACACCAAGGCCAGCGCGCCCACCACAUCCACCAUGCUCAACACGCUCACCACGCUCACCUGUCCCCCCCAUCCAGUCCUACACUUUCCCCAGGCUCUGUCCAUUAUCCUCACCUGGCCACAGGUUCCUGUAGUCCUGCCCCCAGAGCAGCUACACCUUUCCAGCAGGGAGAGUGUGGGACCUCAAGUGUAAGCGGAAGCACCAGCUCAUGGCCAAGUCGUAAACCUGGUGCCGUGAUAGAGAGCUUCGUGAACCACGCUCCUGGCGUUUUCUCCGGAACCUUCUCAGGCACCCUUCACCCAAACUGUCAGGACAGCACCGGGCGUCCGCGCCGCGACAUUAGUACCAUCCUGCAGAUCCUCAACGACCUACUGAGUGCCACGCGCCACUACCAGGGGAUCCCGCCCGCCCUGGCUCACCUCCGCUGCCACACCCAGACACCCGUGUCUCCCCCGGCGACGCCUCCCGCUUCGCCGUGCACGCCCCCCUCGCCCACGGCCGUGGAGCUUCCGUCAGCGCCCGUGUCACCACUAUUACCCUCACCUACCUCAGACAGACUGGCACUGAGCCACAGCCGCAUCAGCAAACUGACAGGCGAGCCCUCCAGGCAGACAGAGAACAGGGCGACGCGCUGUAAGGUGGAGCGUUUGCAGUUGUUGCUGCAGCAGAGGAGGCUCCGCAGGCGGGCGAGGAGAGAGCCCCGGGCCCCCUAUCACUGGCUGAGCGAGCGCAAAGCCACCCGAAGCCACAGCAACAGCAGCCUGAGCAGCGACGGCUCCAUCGACUUGGAUUACGACGAGGCGCUCUGGAAGAACGACGUCCAGACCGACAUCGCCUCCGAGUUCGUCGUGGCCUGAAGAAGGAAGGACGAGGGACGAGCAGGAGGAGACGCCAAGCGGCUGAAAGAGAACGGAUUUACGAUGUGUAACGCUGGGAUUUUGAUUAUUUUUUUUCCGUGUAAUUUGAAACACAGUUGCUCAUGUUCUUGAGCACAAAGAGAACCAAGUGAGCGUCUCUCUCUCUCUGUCUCGGUAGUUAGGACGCACAACACAGACUUGAUUAAGUGGUUCGAACAUUCUGACACGUUUUCCCUCCCGAUUUUGCUCACUUGACUGUCUGAACGUGGUGGUGGUGGUAGUUUGAGUUGCUGUUGUUACGAAAUGCGUCAUGUAGCAUUAUGAAGCAAGAAAUUCAGGUGUUUCUCUCUGGUUUAUUACAUUUUGCACACUUUUUUGACCUGUGAGCAUUAAGGGUUUUGUUUUUUUUGUUCCUACUCAGCUUGGUCGAACCCCAAGCGAACUCACAUCCAUCCGAAAGCAUUUAUUACGGACACACGACUUGCUUGUUCACACUUCUAUCUCUAACUCUACCUACUGGUCAAAGUAUUAAGGUCAUAUCCCAGUGCCUCUGUUUACCACUUAUUGUGUUGAAGCAUCAAAUCUGGAACACAUCUAGAUUUUUUUUUUUUUCUUUUCUUUUUUUUGCUGCUACGAAGGAGAGGAGUCUUGUCUGGUCUGGUCAUCCAUCUCAUCAUAAUUUCGACCUGAUUGUGCAGAAACGGACACAUGCUUCUCGAACAUAAAAGGAACUUCUCGAGCGGGAUCGUGGACAGUUUGACUCUGUAGCACCAUUUUACAAACUUAUCCGAAGAUAAAAUUAGGACUUUAAAGUAGUAUUUUAGGUUUUAUGUCACCCGCUGUUCCGUGCACGCAUCAUCAAGAUGAAGAGUGACGUCAGACAUCUUUUCCACUAUGAACUGUUGUUUCUCAAUAUAAGUGUGAUUGAAGAAAAAAAAAAAAAAACUGGAAAUGGGACAUGCGGGAAAAAAAAAAACAUGGAUGGACCUUGUGUACAGUGGCCUUACUUAUCUUAAAACAAAAAAAAAGUGCAGGCACUGGAAACUUUGGAUCCUUGAUGUGUGUAUCAUGUUUUUUUUGUUUUGUUUUUUAACUAAGGACGCACCAUUAGAGCAUUAGUGAAAGGCUCCCGUGCCUCAACAACGUGCCUGAGACAAACGGAACAAAGACGUUUCUUUUCCGGGUCCUGAUAAAUCGCUCAGCUGAAAGACAGAAGAAAAAAAAAACAGACAUGAAAGACUACUUGCUCUGUGUUCUUUUUUGUUUUAGUUUGUUUGUUUGUUUGUUUUCCCCCUAUUUCAUUUUGUGUUUUUUUAAUUCAUAAUGUAACGUCUGUCCCGUGUAUCUCUUGUGCAUCUUUUGUCUUGUAUACACCCUGUCUUUCAUUCUUGAAACCGGAAUCUCCGUAAAUAUAUAGAUAUAUACAUAUAAUAUGUUUAAAAAAAAAAAAAAAAGAAAGAUAGGAAAAGAGUGAACAGGUCCAAAUAAACGAAUAUCACUCUGUAAACGUUCAUAACACGUCACGCCGUGUACGUCUCCUGUUUCAGCACCAAGUUCGCAAAACACAGUUACCUGGAUGCAUGGGAUCUCAUCUAAUUUAUUUAAGGUUGAAUUGAAUAUAUGAGUAGUUCAUAAGGAAAUAUACGCGUUCGGUUGGGAUGUUCUUGUUAACGAUGGUGGGUUUUUUUUGUAAACGCUGCAUUUUUUUUUUGUUGUUGUUGUUGCCCGUACUGUCUAGUGAUCUCACAGGUGAGGAGCUUCUGCUUGUGUAGCACAUUUUUAUAACUGUUUUAAUUUAUAAAGCCGAUCUUGCAACUGUGAAAAAACGUUAUCUGAUGUUUUUUAUCGUCACCUCUUUUGUGUUUGUUUAUUUUUUAUUUUUUUUUUAUUUUUGGUUUUGUUUUCGUUUUUGUGUGUGCGCGUGUGUUUUUUGUCAAAAAUGAAACCUGGUAUUGUAAAAGAGGGAAACAACUAAAACAAACUGAUUUUCUUUGUUCAUAAGCAAUACAUUUCAAUGUGGCUUGCUGUAGAGAAUUUUUUUCUUUUUAGGUAAUAAAUUUUAAUUUUCAUGCA